AUGUCGCCCCCUCCCGCCGGCGGAAAGGACUCGCACGCCGCCCGCAUCCUCGGAUCUGGCACUUCGGGCAUCGCCGAGCUCAUCAUCUUCCACCCCGUCGACACCGUCGCCAAGCGCCUCAUGUCCAACAAGGUCUCGGGCAUGCCGAUGAUGCAGGUUGUCUUCAGGGAGCACGCGACCGCACCCGCAGGCCGCAAGCUCCUGUCCCUCUUCCCCGGUCUCGGUUACGCCGCUGGCUACAAGGUCUUGCAGCGAGUGUACAAGUUCGGAGGCCAGCCGUACUUCAACGACUUCCUCUCCAAGAACUUCAAGACGCAGUUCAGCAACACCUUUGGAGAGAAGAACGGCAAGGCCAUGAUGUCGGCCACCGCUGGAUCGCUCACCGGCAUCGGCGAGAUCGUCCUCCUUCCCCUCGACGUCCUCAAGAUCAAACGGCAAACCAACCCCGAGGCGUUCCGCUCGCGCGGCUUCGUCCAGAUCGUCCGCGACGAGGGUUUUGGCUUGUACCGCGGCGCCUCGUGGACCGCAGCUCGCAACGCGCCCGGCUCGUUCGCUCUCUUCGGUGGCUCGGCGUUCACGAAGGAGUACGUCUUCGGCCUCCAGGACUACCGCUCGGCAACCUGGUACCAGAACUUUGUCGCCUCGAUCGCCGGCUCGGUCUCGUCGAUCGCCAUCUCGCAGCCCCUCGAUGUCAUCAAGACCCGCAUCCAGAACCAGAACUUCGAGUCCAAGGUCGGCGGCAUGACGGUCGUCCGCGACUUGAUCAAGCACGAGGGCUUCUCGGCGUUCUUCAAGGGUCUCACGCCCAAGGUCCUCGUCGUCGGUCCGAAGCUCAUCUUCUCGUUCACCCUCGCGCAAUCCCUCAUCCCCUGGUUCUCCAACUUCGUCUGA